AUGAGCAGAGCGAGGAGUUGGAUUAGGAUCCAUAGGUCCCGAAAGGAGGGGAGAGAUCAAAACGAGGGGAGAGAAACUGACAAGGAGAAAAGCAUUCCAGGAACAACUCUCAAUGACAGACGUCAGGAGGAGCUGCACUGGAUAAGAUGGGCUCAAUCGCUCAAGUAUCAGGAGGAUAUUGAGGAAUUGAAAGCCGGACGACAAGUCACCAUGGAGAGUAAACUGGCUCCAUUGAGCCCAGAGUGGGACGAGAAGGAUCAAGUGAUGCGAGUGGGAGGUCGUCUUCAUUACGCCCCAUUGCCGGAGGAAACUAAGCAUCCCAUCAUCUUGCCUGCUCACAACCGAUUUGUGGAUAAGUUAGUUCUGUACUACCACCAGAUUAACCUACACACAGGACCAGCACAAACCCUGGCUUUCUUGAGAAACAAGUACUGGCUUAUUCAUGGGAGACAGGAAGUGAGACGCAUUCUUCACAAGUGCAAGGCUUGUAAGGAUCCAGAGGAGAUUGAGCAAAAGAUGGCGCCGCUGCCUGUGGAAAGAGUGAGCAUGAGUCUUCCUUUCACGCACAUAGGAUUAGACUAUGCAGGACCUUUAUACGUAAAGAUGUCCAGAGAUGAGACAACGAAGGCUUACAUUCUGAUCUUCACGUGUAUGGUGACUAGAGGAGUGCACCUGGAACUCACACCAGAUCUUACUACAGAAGAGUUCAUGGCUGGGCUGCAGCGCAUGAUGAAUCGCAAAGGGAAAUGUGUAUUCAUUCUCUCUGACAACGCAAAGACAUUCAAAAAGGCAGACACCUUGCUGAGGAUUCUUUACAAACAGAAGAAUGGAAAGAACAAGCUUAAUGAGGAGAUAACAGGAAAGGGAAUAACAUGGCGUUUUAUCACGGAGAGAGCCCCAUGGCACGGAGGAUUCUAUGAGAGACUCGUGCAAAGCGUCAAGAAACCACUGAGGAGAGUGCUUGGGAAAGCACACCUGACAUACCUUGAGAUGCAGACUGUACUCUCGGACAUCGAAGCACAACUGAAUUCUAGACCCCUGACUAGUGUCUCUGCAGACAAAGAGGAUUGGUCGCCUAUCACUCCAGGACACCUGAUGAUUGGCCGGAGCCUACAAGUUCUGCCUGAUGCCUCAUUGGCAGGCCAUACUACCGUCGCAGUGAGCAAGAGAUGGGCCUAUAAUCAGCACCUGUCAAGGAUCUUUUGGAAUCGAUGGACGAAGGAGUAUUUGACUGAGCUGAACCAACUGAGGAAGUGGACUGAGGUUCGAGAUAACCUUCAUGAGGGAGACGUUGUUCUAGUCGCUGAGGACAACACCAGGAAGCUGGAUUGGAAGCUUGGAAGAGUGGAGGAGAUCUUUCCAGGACGAGACGGUCUUGUGCGCUCAGUACUGGUGAAGACGAAAUCGGGAUUGAUGAGACGUCCAGUACAGAAGCUGAGGCUAUUGGAGACCACCAUUGUGCCAGAGGAUGUUGAAAGCGAUUCAGAUCCAGAUUAG